AUGGAACUCAUAAUCAUUGGUUUCGGCCCAGUUGCCGGUUACAAGUACUCAAGAUGUAUACAUAACGCGGUUUUGCACGGCCAUUUGAGUCGCUAUCAUGUUAUCGAUCGAGAGUGUCAGCAGCAGCAAGUCGAGGCUCGGCUUGCCAAAUUGCCUAUACAGCCGGCGACAUGCACGUACAUCCCCGAGCUCGUCUUGCAGAACGGCCCCGACUCCGGAAUUGAAUGGAUCACCCAAAAGGGUCUGUUUACCAAAUCGGAGCUCAAGAAAAAGGUGGUUAUAAUGACGGAGCCACAGUCUCACGGUGCAUACAUCAAAUAUGCACUAGCACAAGGGUUUGACAUCUUAGUCACAAAGCCGCUGAUACUGCCAAUGAAGGAAGGCGUGCUUGAUUAUCGGGCUUUCAUGCCCAACGUGAACCGCAUUGCUGCAGCGUCAAUUGAGGCUGGUGUUAGUGCUUCAGUGUUGUGCCUUGGACGAUUGCACGAUAUCUACGAAGAGAAGGUGCGAAAGCCUGUUGCCAUGAUGAUGGAUCGUCUGCAGCACCCGAUUACGUCUGUUCACGUCAAAACCGCCUCGGGUGUAUGGAAUCUCCCUUCUGAGUUCGGUCAGCGGGAGGACCACCCCUACAAGUAUGGAUACGGCAUGCUCAUGCACGGCGCCUAUCACUACAUUGAUAAUCUGACUUGCCUUCUUCUGAUGAACAAGAAGCUCUUUCCAGAUGAGGAUUUUGUUAUCACUAUGCAAGGCUUCAAAGCCGGUCCCCUCGAUCAACAAAUGCGGACUGGCAACCUCGAAGAAUACACGACAGGGUACCGACGAGAAUUUUCCGAGCUACCGGAUGGGCUCCCCUAUGGCGAAACUGACAUUGUUGCGUCCUUCGCGAUGAAAUUUCGUUCCUCUGGCCGUGUGCUUUGCUUGGGAACAAUUGCCAUGGAACAAACCACGCCAGGGAUUCGCUCCUGGGGGCCCUUCCCAGACGUACCAUACAAUAUAAACGGCAGACUGCACUGUACCGAUGUCGACGUGAGACUUGGUACGGUUUUUUCAAUUGCUGCGAACGUCACGAAGCAGCCAAUCCAAGCCCGUCUUGGCGACACCGACAUCCGUUGCACGAAUACCGCAACUGUAGUCACAAGAGCCAACGCCCGACUUGCUCAAACACAAGGGUUCGUUCGUCAUGAGCAUUUUGAGCGCCCCUAUGGUAAUUCAUAUUCCUACUCCGCUGAAUUAGCUAUCUUCGAAAGGUGGCUUCUCGAUAAGCCAACCCAGAGCGAUUUCGCAUCCCACGUUCCCACAUGCGCCAUUCUCGAUGGACUUCUCAAGCUAGCAGCAGAUGACUGGCACGGCAAUGUCGAGAUAGACUUCAACUACCCAGCCCCUGACUGGCCAGCACUUUUCGAGGAUGACGACCCUUGGUACGGCUACAUGGGCGACGCUGUCGCGUUCUCCUCCGAGCACGGACAAGGCAAGCCGAUCGUCAAAAACGGCGCAAACCGCGUAAAUGGUGUCAAUGGUGUCAAUGGUGUCAAUGGUGUCAAUGGUGUCAAUGGUGUCAAUGGUGUCAAUGGUGUCAAUGGUGUCAAUGGUGUAAAUGGCACAAAUCACAAGUAG